GUCACAUGUCUCUGCAGAAAGUCAUGUGAAAGACAAGUCCAAUAAACAAGUUUAUAGUUUUUAGUUGAAAAGUGCCCAGAGACACCACUUCAGUUACCUUGAGCAGUCAUGGCAUACCAACCUCAGAGAAGGAACACAGUGUCCAAAUCAUCAGGACCAAGUCACAUGAACUCUUAUGCCUUGAGGGGAAUACCGAUCAAAUACAAGCCUCCCUUGUUUGUACCGGAUAUCCAAUACCUACCCGCCACUUGGAAGCCCCCAGAGAUGCUAUCAGCGAACAUUAUUGGAUACGACUACAGCCUCGAGACUGCAAUACUAUCCCAGGCUAGACAGAGAGCUGUAUCAGUGGCUGCGGAGGAAUCUCUAAAAAGGCAACAAAUAGACAAGUUGAAAAAAGAACUGCAGGAGAGAGAAGAAGCUGCAGCAAAGGCAGCUCGAGAACUGAUCCCCCCUCAACCACUGUUUAGCAAUGACAUUCUAACUCCCACACCUGUAGCCAGUAACGCAACUAAAUUAAGUGCUGCAAACUCAGUGGAAAAUAGUGAGGACUCCGAUAGCCCCAAGUCUACGUCUGGUAUUGAACUGACAGUGGAGCCACCGAUUAAGACACUCGGACAGAUAAGCAUACGUGAGUUUGAGACUAACACACAUGAUGACCCGUUUGAAAUCGCAAGUCUACAAGCUAUCAACGAUAUGGAAGUACUGCAAAGUGUAUUGCAACCAAUUCCACUUCCCAUCAUCUCAACUCCAACUAGUACUAGUCCACCAUUGAUACAAACCUCGCAGCAAAAUUCAACCACUCAAAUGCCAGGGUUAGGCACAAGUCCUACUAGGAGCCACUCGUCUCCUAUACCUACGCCAAGGACGUCUAGGACACAAUUGACGGCUAACUCAAGCGGCCUUUACCCAAGUACAACACCACCGACUGCAGUGGCUCCUGUCAGCUCACAAGUGCCGUCUUAUCCUAAUCCGUUUAUGGCUAAUAACUCGACUAACAAUGUUCCAGUGAAUCCAUCUGAGCCAGGUGUAGGACUCUUAAUUGAUUUUGGUGGAGAUUUUACUCUUCAACCGCCCCCUACAUCUGUCCAAUCACCCCCCACAUUGGUCCAACCAGCCCCCACAUAUGUUCAACCGCCCCCUACAUUGGUCCAACCACCCCCCACGGUGACAGCCUCGGCCACAGCUGUAAGACUACCGUACAUGGUGGAAGUGGACCAACCUCAAGGUUCCUCUCAUCCUGUUCCCAAACUCAGAACGCACAUACCGCCCCCAAGCAUCCCCCCGUAUCCAAACGGAGCUUCCAGUGCCCCUAAUCAAACGUCACCCAUUGUACCCCCUAAGGGCAUUCGGCCUGCCACUAAAAAUCAUCCUCCAGCUCGUCCACCAAAACCAAAAGGUCACGUUGGAUUUACAAUACUGAGUAACAGCUCUCCCUCUUCCAACCGACCUGGAUUUGGUGUGCCCGUCCUUCCUCCGAUUCCGACCUCUGCAGCCCCCCCAACCACUACUGCCCCCCAGAUGAAUCGCCCCCUGAACAUCCCACCCCCACUUUAUACCUCCCCUAUCCUCAACAAACGAAUCCUGCCGCCCUAUAGCUCGCCCCCCAAGACUUACAAAUUACCAGACCCCAUGAGUAGUCUGACGGUGUCCCAGAAGAGUGAGGUGAAGUCACUGUCUGGAAUGGGGUUUCCCCUUCCCAGAGUUGCCAGGGCCAUGCUCAGAUACGAGGGGGACAACACCAAGAUACUGGAUUUCUUGUUUCUGGUGGGCAGGCUGGAAGAGCAGAAGUUCUCUGGAGAUAGUGCUGAGGUAGCACUUAUUGCUUGCAAAGAUGAUGAAUCAAAGGCUGUCGAGUAUUUGAACAAGGUCGAAGGAUUCAAGAAUAUUGGCUUUUCUGAGAAAAAGAUUCACGAUGCGUUUGAAAAGUCAGGCAAAGACUGGGACAAAGCAUUGGACUUACUAACUGAAGAUAGAUGAUAGUUAGCUUUAUCUGUGCCACUAUACAGUAUAGUGAGUGCAUGCUGCUACACAUUGGUAUUCAAUAAAUAAUUUUUUUGGAAACCACA